CUCUCUCAGACACACUUCCACAAACACACACACACAUGCACAGUAAUAGGGAGGGCUAAUUGACAGACAGGGAGGAGUGUCAAACUAUCCUGGGUGUUUGCAUCUGACCAAAGAGAGAUCUCUCCCUGUUGUUUUAUUCCCAGCCCAGUGAGAAAAGAGAGCUAAAGAAGCUGUAGGGAAUUUUUUUUCUUUUCAGUGCUUUACCACAACUCUUCAGUUCAUCUUAUCCAAGCACUGGACCUCCUUGUAAGCAGACAAAGUGCUCAUCUCUCUGCCCGAAGACAAAGCCCAAGCUUCCUUUUCUUUUUAUGGUUAGUGGGCAGAAAACCAGCUGUGGCUGAACAGACUGGCAUGCCCUUGAUGUAUGGUGUCAUCAAGGUAUUUAAAAACAAAGCUCUGGUCAGCUGAUUGGAUAUCUACUCAUUAUCACUGCAGGAAGUGACACAUUUCAACCAUGAGGAUUCUGAAUAAAGUCAGAGUGAUGGAAUGACACUAAGUUAAACCACUAGAAAGAAUGUAACAAAACUUCUGCCCCACACACACUAGCAUGGUAACACUAACUUUCCUUUUUUCAAAAAUCAAGUUCCUUGUCCCAUCCUGUACCUACAAGUAAGUUUAAGAGGAGGAAUUUUAACUUAUUUAUAUCGGUAUAACUUUUUCACCUUGGAAGAUAUGCUUGGCUCAGACAGAGUUGAGGAGACUACAGAAAGCCUGAUUAAGCCGUCCCUUUCCCCAGGGGAUUCAGGAUUAAAGCAUCUCACUAGGACAGUGCCAUCUUCUCCUGCUACUAAUGCCACCUCUAGGCUAUACUUUGCUUUUAUUUUGAUUCUUCUAACUCUGACACCGAGAGUUGAUUCUUCGUGGUGGUAUAUUGGGGCAUUAGGAGCACGUGUCAUCUGUGAUAACAUCCCUGGAUUAGUGAACAAACAGAGGCAGCUUUGCCAAAAGCAUCCAGACAUCAUGCAGUCAAUUGGUGAGGGGGCCAAGGACUGGAUACGAGAAUGUCAGCACCAGUUUAGGCACCACCGCUGGAACUGUAGCACCCUGGACAGAGACCACACAGUAUUUGGAAGAGUUAUGCUACGCAGUACCAGAGAAGCAGCAUUUGUGUAUGCCAUCUCCUCAGCUGGAGUAGUUUACGCAAUUACCAGAGCAUGCAGUCAAGGAGAACUUAAAACCUGCAGCUGUGAUCCCCAAAAGAGGGGCCGAUCAAAGGAUGAGAGGGGAGAAUUUGACUGGGGUGGCUGCAGUGACAACAUCAAUUAUGGAAUUAAAUUUGCCGAGUCUUUCGUGGACGCAAAGGAAAAAACUGUACAAGAUGCACAGGCCAUUAUGAACUUACACAACAACCGAUGUGGGAGGAUAGUGAGUGAAAGCAAUUUCUAUAUUAUUGCUGUUAAACGUUUUAUGAAGCUAGAAUGUAAAUGCCAUGGAGUCAGCGGAUCAUGUACAUUAAGGACAUGUUGGGCUGCAAUGUCAGAUUUUCGGAAAACUGGGGAUUACUUAAGGAAAAAAUACAAUACAGCAAUUCAGGUGACUAUGAAUAAAUACAAGUGGUUAUCCUUCACUGAAGUAAACAAGAAUUCCAGAAAAGCUACCAAAAAUGACCUAAUCUAUUUUGAACCUUCCCCAAACUACUGUGUGGUGGAUAAAGAAGCAGGAUCUCUUGGUACAGCAGGAAGAGUGUGCAACAAGACAUCACGUGGAAUGGAUGGCUGUGAGGUAAUGUGCUGUGGAAGAGGAUACGAUACCACCAGAGUCACUCGAACCACCAAGUGCGAGUGUAAGUUCCACUGGUGCUGUGAAGUAAGAUGUAAAGAUUGCCUGGAAACUGUGGACAUACAUACGUGUAAAGCACCAAAGCGGGCUACAUGGCUGGACCAAACAUGAGACCAUGAGGCACCAGUUUAAAUGGGCUAUAUGAUGGGCCAUGGAAUUCUGGGAGCUGUAGUUCAGUUGCAUGGCUUUUAUUUAACUAAUAUUACAGAGCACUAAAAAGAGGACUACAUUUUCCAGGACAUAUUGUGGACCCUUGCACAUGUUUAUUAGAAAAACUCUACACAUCCCUUAUAAAUAGGGUGGCUGUCAUGCAGCAUUAAACUGUGAAUCUUACUUUUUACAAAUAUAUUUACAUUAAUGGGACGGACCCCCACCUCAUCAAAUGAGUGACCUGCAAGUACAAAAUGAAAACAAGUGUCCAAUACUUCAUGAGUUAAAUUGGCACACUCAACUAAAGUUAAUCUACACAUUUUGAAUGACAGUCUCCUUAUGAAACAUAUUACUGGUUCUUUGUAAUCCCGUGAGAAACUUCUGACGAAUUUUUUUACAGAUGGACAGGACAGUUCUGAUGAUAAAUCAGAAUAUCACAUAUUGGUGCACUAAGGACACUAGCUAAAAAGAGAGAGCAAGUUAAAAAGGACUUUUUGUAAUGACCUGUGGAUUGGUAACACUGUCAACUAAAGUGUGUGAAAUGUUAAGCACGGAUAUUGAAGUGAAAGUCUGUGAAAUUUUUGUUAGACCAAGAGUAAAGUAAUAUAACAAAGGAGUCUUUUUUGUUUGUAAACAUGCCUUAUAUUUCGCAUACUGCUUUAUUAUUUUAAGAAAAUUCAUAUAAACCAAUCAUAA